AUGUCUCUCAAGUACUUCGCCACUCUCGCCCUUGCGACCAUCGCUGCUGCAAAGCCCAUCUCUGCUCCCGUCUCCAAGCGUCAGAGCAACAUCUUUGGUGAUGGCUUCAAUGGCGCUGUACUCAACGGCUUCAAGGGCGACGGCUUCAACUUCGCCGAUGGCUUCAACAACUUCAACGAGCAGCAGCAGAUCAUCCAGAUCCAGCAAGAGAACCUCCAGAUCAUCGACAACGGUCGCCAACAGCAGAUCGUCCAGCAAGUUAACCAGGUCCUCGUCGUCGAUCAGGUCAACAACGGCUUCAGCAACGACAUGAACAACCUGUUCCGCAAGUCCAACUUCCAGAACCAGUUCCGCGACGUCACCACCGUCAUGCUUGUCGUCCAAGAGAUCCAGAUCGCCAUCGACGACGGCCGCGGCAACCAGAUCCAGCAGGAGAUCUUUGCCCAGAGCGUCGUCGUCGCCAACCGCGGCGCGCGCGAGACCCAGACCGUUAUGGUCUUCGACAGCCGCAAGCUGAUUGCACAGGACAUCCUGGGCAACAACGCCUUCCAGAACAUUGGCCAGUUCAACGGCAUUGCUGGUGCCACCGGCGCCGUCCGCAACGACAUCCCCACCAAGACCCAGGGCGUGCAGCUCUUCGGUGCUAAGCCCACCUGGAGCGCUGUUGCCGAGGACCCGGCUGCGGCCCUCGGCGGUAUCUGGGAGCAGAACAUCCAGGACCUCCAGAAGAACGACAACGAUGCCGCCGACAUUCAGCUGAACGCUGAGAUCGCCAAGCAGGAGGCUCAGGCUCUCAAGGAUGCUCAGCAGCAGGAGCAAGGCCAGGAUCAGGCUAAGGACCAGGAGGCACAGAAGGCUGAAGAGGAGGCCAAGAAGGCUGAAGAGGAACAGGCAAAGAAGGCCGAAGAGGAGGCCAAGAAGGCACAGGAAGAGCAGGCAAAGGCCGCUGACGAGCAGGCCAAGAAGGCAGAGGAGGAGCAGAAGAAGGCUGCCGACGAGGCCAAGAAGGCUCAAGAGGAGCAGGCAAAGGCCGCUGAGCAGCCCAAGAGGGCUUAG